UAUUGUUUUGGUUGAUGAGUAAUCUUUGAGUAACUCCGUCAUUCCUUAUCCCUCAAUCGUCGUAAUUAGAACAAACAGCAAAGAAACGAAGAAAAAUGGACUGGCUUUUCGGCAAGAAGAUCAGCCCGGAUGAGAUGCUGCGCAAGAACCAGCGGGCGCUGAACAAGGCGAUGCGAGAUCUGGACCGCGAGCGGAUGAAAAUGGAGCAGCAGGAGAAAAAGAUCAUUGCCGACAUCAAGAAAAUGGCCAAGGAGGGGCAGAUGGACGCCGUGAAGAUCAUGGCGAAGGAUUUGGUGCGAACGCGCCGCUACGCCAAGAAGUUCAUGCUGAUGAAGGCCAACAUCCAGGCGGUGUCCCUCAAAAUCCAGACGCUCAAGUCGCAGAACACAAUGGCACAGGCUAUGAAGGGCGUGACCAAGGCCAUGCAGAACAUGAACCGCCAGCUGAAUCUCCCGCAAAUCCAGAAGAUCCUGCAGGACUUUGAGAAGCAGUCUGAAAUGAUGGACAUGAAGGAGGAGAUGAUAAACGAUGCCAUCGAUGACGCCAUGGAGGAUGAGGGCGAUGAGGAGGAAACGGAUGCUGUGGUUUCCCAGGUGCUAGAUGAACUAGGCUUGCAGCUGGGAGAACAGCUGGGCGAUCUUCCUUCCGCUUCCGGAUCACUAUCCAUAGCCGGCGGUGCCGGUGCUCAGAAGGCCCAGACUGCUGUGGCAGCUGGCGGAAUAGGUGGUGGAGGAUCAGGCGGAGGCGGCGGCGGCGGUGGGUCUGGAGGUGGCGGUGGAGCCGGUGCCGGGGCUGCAGGCGGCAGUGGCGCCUCCUCGCCCAUGUCCGAUGCAGAUGCGGAUCUGCAGGCGCGCCUGGACAACCUUCGCAGGGACUAAGCUACUUCUAAGAAAAACCUCCUGCCCAUUUUAUAUAAGAGCCACCCUCCCCCCCGUUUGUAUCUCCCCGAAAGCGAAUGUUAUAUUAAACCGAAAAUGCUUGCUUUCCAUGCGUGUUCGAAAAA